AUGAUUGUGCAACGACUGGCCACUCGCGCAACCGCGGCGACGCACAUCACAACGCCCCUAUGCCGCGCGCUAGCCCCUCAGCGCCGCCUCGCCGCCGCCCCCUACAGCAGCAGCACCGCGUACCCGACUGUGACUGACCGCGGGUUCUGGAAGUCGCUGAUUCCGAAGCCGCUGCGGCGGGAGAACCGGCCGCGAAAAAAGGGCGGCCGCUGGUCGGGCGAGUGGAACCCGGCGACGUACUUCAUCGUCAUGUUCCUGUUUGUCGGGUCCAUGUCGAUUCAGAUGAUUGCGCUGCGGAACCAGACGGGCCGGUACAUGCGCCAGGCGAGCUUGCGCCUGCGCCUGCUGCGCGAGGUGGUGGAGCGGAUACAGAACGGCGAGGACGUCGACGUGGACAAGGCGCUGGGGACGGGCGAGCCGCAGCGAGAGGCGGAAUGGGACGAGGGUGAGUGA